AUGAGCGCUUCUUCUGCGGAUAGUGACAGUGGAGGUGAGGAGGCUACGAUCAAUGGAGACACUCAGGAUAUAGCGCGGAAUGGUUCGGGCACAGUUGAUGAUGGUGACAACCAGCUGGGGGUUGAAGGGAGUCGCAUAUCCGAGCUAUUACAGGAGGAACAAGAAAGACCAUCAACACCAGAGAAAGUGACCAAUGGAACGAAUAGAUAUAAGAUUACCAGAGACCUGGAAAGUACGUCAGAAGAUGGCUCUCUGGAUGCGAUACCUAGGGGUGUACAAAGCCCCAUGGAAUCUGUCAUGUCAAUACCAGACGACUCGCCGUCUGUCCAGGGCUCUGUACUAUCGUCUCCUGGUGGCAGCAGCAUCCUUCCGUCUAUGGCAUCUCGUCCUGGCCUCGAAAGUCCAACCCCGUCCUUCCGACCCUUUGAUAGAAGAUUCCAAUCCCGUCUCUCUAGCUCUACCCUUUCUAUCCCUCGACCAGCCUCUCCAACACCAGCAUAUCUCAAGAGUCAUGGGCGUCAAGUUUCUGUAAGCAGCCAGAUUGCCCUUGACGCGGGCGACGUAGACACUCCAUCUCCACCAUGGGAGGUGAUUCGAUGGACGAAACUCAAGAAGAUGAAUGGCCAGGCUUUUUCCGAAGUUGGGAAACGUAGUUUCGGCAUACCAACCUGUAUAUCAGUAUCUGCCUCGAUUGUUUUGGGCACUUCGAAAGGAAUAAUAUUAAUUUUUGACUAUCACCAAAAUCUGAAGUCUAUAAUAGGACCUGGCACUAAAGCUGUCGAGUCUGGAGCUAUCACGUCUGUUGCUAUUUCUGCAGAUCAUUUGAUCGUUGCUGGAGGUCAUGCGAAUGGCAGUAUUUUCACGUGGGAGAUUGCUAAAGCAGCUCGUCCGUUUCUACAUAUACCUAGCCUUCAAGCUCCUCAGAUGGUAAACCGCACUUUGGAUGGGCACAUCCCAGGUGUUACGAUAAGGCAUCUGGGGUUUUUAGGAACGCGGCAUACUGCAGUUGUCUCCGCUGACGACCGUGGAAUGGCAUUUUCUCAUCUGGCGACAAGAGGUAUGGGGUCAGUAGGACGUUCUGUGAGGACGACAAGAAUCCUAGGACGGUACCCUAGUGAUGUCUCAACUUCUGGCAAAGCUCGAAAACCAAGUACUGUGCUCGCGUUUGCGCCCCUUCCACUUGGAAAUGUAGAGAGAGGAACCGAUAAUCUUGGAUUAACCGCUAUGUUGACUCCGUACCUGCUGGUUAUUGUAUCGACUACGCCUAUUGCCCAAACCCAACACAAAGCCUCGCGGCCAAAAGAAGUUGCUGCUCAUAGUGCUAUGAGUGGAUGUCUAGCAUGGUUUCCAGCGGUCAAGUUGAAAGUCAAAGACCCGAAAACUGGAAGUGAUAUAUCAAAGGUAAAGUUGGUAUAUUGCUGGUCGAAUGUCUUGACUGUUCUUGAUGUAGAUGAAAUAGAGUCUCCCGAUAAGGAUAAACCGCCAAGUCUGACUUUCAAACCUCGCAGCCGAUGGAAAGCCGAGGAAGCCAUUGUUGCAGUCCAGUGGUUAAGCAGAUCCGUUCUUACAGUUCUCACAAUCACUCAGCGGCUCAUCGUUCUAGAAGAUUAUAGUAUGCGAAUGACUGAGGCCUUUGACCUAGUCCACAAGCACAUCUAUCAUCAAGAUAUCUUCUCAAAACAACUUCACAAUCUGGUGGAACAGUUGGACGAAGAAGACGACUCCAUGCACGGAGUUGUGGCAGAUGCGUUUUAUAUGAGUUUCCGGGCUUACAAAGGACGUAUGUUCUUGCUCGGAUUCAAUGACGUUUCCGUGGGCUCAUUAUCAAAUUGGGCGGACCGCUUGAUAUCGCUAAUGGAAGACGGGGAUUAUAUCGGUGCCAUCCAGCUUGCGACAUCUUACUACACAGGCGAUGCUGACAAGCUCACUAUUGGCUUACCAGAAGAUACGACAUUACGCCAUACAAUGGUUAGAGACAAGCUGGUUGAGAUCAUGACAGCUUCACUAAAGUUUGCAUUUGGUCAGCAGAAACAGCGGGCCACAGCCGGAAGCCCGAACAAACUCAAAGAGCUGGCAGAAGCUUGCUUUGAUGCAUGUCUCAGCAUAGAUGAUCUUGACUUUCUUUUUGAAGAGGCAUACGAGUGGUACGAGGAUGGCGAAGAAGAGGGCGUGUUUCUCGAAACCCUGGAACCUCAUAUUUUAGAGCGAAAAAUCAUCAUUGUUCCACCUGGAGUUGUGAAAGCCAUGAUUACUCACUAUGUGAGUAAAGGGAUGGAAAGCCGGCUUGAAGAGAUGAUCUGCCAUAUGGAAACGAUGACACUUGAUAUCGACCAAGUUACGACUCUUUGCAAACAACACAAUUUAUACGAUGCCCUAAUAUACGUCUUCAAUCAGGCCUUGAGGGACUACAUUACGCCUCUCAUCGAUCUUCUAGCACUUCUUGUGCCAUUAAUACAGAAUGGUGACUAUUUCAGUAAUGGCGACCUAAUGGAGGAUCCCAUAUUUGGGGUCAACGCUCUGAAGAUGUUUCCAUAUAUGUCUUAUACUUUUACUGGACGAGUGUACCCAACCGGCGACGCUCUUGAUGAUCAGGAUGCCAUGAAUGCAAAAGCAGAACUGUAUUGGUUCAUAUUUUCGGGCCAAACAAUCACCUGGCCGAAAGCGACAGGAAAGCCAUUUUUAACACAGCCAAGCGAGGACUACGAGCCAUCAUUUCCAUACCUAAGGAUGAUUCUGAAGUUCGACGCGCCAAGUUUCCUGAGCACCCUCAACGAAGCCUUCGAAGAUUCAUUCCUUAAUGAUACCCCUGAGAGAGUGGUCAAUGGUGGAGCAAACCGAGAUAUGCCAGAGGAGUAUAUUUUUGGGCUAUCGGUCAAUCGCCAGUACAUUGUCACAAUCCUCUUGGAAGUCAUGAAUGCAAACGACUUUGCGUCUGAAGACACCAUUUACCUCGAUAUGUUUAUAGCUCGGAAUCUUCCGAAAUUCCCACAAUACCUCCUGCUUUCGGGAUCCGCUUUACACAAGGUUUUGACUGGUUUAUGUAAUUAUCCAGGUGACGACCUGGCCGAUGAUGCUCAACUGAGUGCGGAAUACUUGCUUUCAGUGUAUCACCCACCAGAUAUGGCUACUCUUCUGCCGUCAUUUGAAAAAGCUGGGUUCUACAGAGUGCUCAAAAGCACUUACAAAGCGGACAAACAAUUCGGUAAACUGGUUCAAGCAUAUUUUGACGACCCUGAAAAUCAAGAGGAGGUCUUCGACUGUAUUGCUGAUUGUUUACGACCACGCUCUGGCUUGACUAAGCGACAAAUCCGAGAUGUUCACGAGGUCAUGGAAGCUCAUGCUAGUGACCUUGUCCACCUCGAUGCUGUUAGGACUGCUCAGAUUAUUGAAUUGUAUGCAGCAUCAUUGCAUGAAAAGUUUCUUGACUCUUUGCCUGAAGAUCCUGAGCUUGAAUACACCUAUCUGCACACUAUUUUCCAACCAGGGACUGGGGAAUCAGGAGUUGUAAAACCAUCACCACAUACCCAGUUUACAGAGCGAUAUGUACAGCUGAUGUGUAAAUUUGAUCCUACGCAUGUCGCUGACUAUGUCGGAAUCGUCCAAGCGAGCGACCUGCGACUCGAGAAAAUCCUACCUUAUAUGGAGGAUAGUGGUGUGGUCGACGCUGCAGUAGUACUGAUGGCCAGGGAUGGUCAGCUACAAAGCGCCAUGAGUCGUCUGAUCCAGCACCUCAGGAAGCUUGAAUCGACCUUGCAAGGACUGUUGAGUGGCUCAGAUGAAGACAUGCAGUCAAUACCAGUAGGAGAAGCCGCUCAAGAUCUUCUGGACGCUCUGCAAAAAUACACAGGCGUUGGAAUAUGGCUUUGUCGAGGGCAAGAGAAGCUUAAGCUUCUUCAACCUCCUACGCCGACCAGAAGGAAGGCAAGCCCUCAUGAUGAACUCCUUCCAGAUGAAACUUUGUGGUUAGACCUUAUCGAUGUCGCCGUUCAGAUUACUCGCAAAAUCUCAGCAAGUUUAUCGGACGUCAAAACAUCCGGUUCUGCUGAGAUAGAUAGUGAAAAGUUGAUAUUCCAGUCACGAACUCUGGUUCAGCAAUGCUUCACAGCUUUACUUUCUUCAACAUCAUCGCCAACGCCCUCUGGAGCCAACUUGUCGUUUCUACGAAUAUUACGAGCAUUCUUAACUCGAGCCUCCAUAUCAUCACCCAAUCUCAGUGACCUUCGAGCAGUCCUAGCCUCAAUAUUUUCAGCCUACGCUUACGAAGAAAGUAUUCUCAGCCUCUCAAACCGUCUUCUUGAAAAGGACCUCUUCGUCAACGUCAAAUCCGCCACAGAACUCCGCCAACGGGGUUGGCGGCCUAGAGGAUCCACCUGCGAAGGAUGCGGUCGCCGAGUCUGGGGUCCUGGCGUCUCAGGCGACGUGUUCUCCAAAUGGGAAGAUAAACAAGCAGCAGACCUCAAGCGUCGGAAAGAACGAACGGCAGAAUUGGCGGGUAGUCAGGCGGAGCGCGGAAAGGGGAAAGCACAUACUAGGACUACUAGUAAGAGUAGCAUCGUUGACGGAAUGCGCAUGAAGGGGAAGGUUCCUGCGAUUGACGGACAGAGUGAGGGUGAGGAUUUGGGACCGCUGGUUGUGUUGGCUUGUAGACAUAUUUAUCAUCAGGCAUGUCUUGAGGCGGUGCAGGUUGAUGAGGGGGAGUUGGUGGUUGAUGGGAGGGAAUUUAGGUGUCCCAUUGAUGGGUGA